AUGGCAGAGCGAGUUGUGGGGACUGGUUCAUUUGGGAUUGUAUUUCAGGCAAAAUGCAUUGAAACUGGAGAGACGGUGGCCAUAAAAAAGGUUUUGCAAGACAGAAGAUACAAGAACCGUGAACUGCAGUUAAUGAAGACCAUGGAUCAUCCAAAUGUUGUUUCCUUGAAACAUUGUUUUUAUUCAACUACAGUUCAAGAUGAGCUUUUCCUAAAUUUAGUCAUGGAGUAUGUCCCGGUAACCAUGUAUCGUGCUCUGAAGAAUUACAGUGAUAUGAACCAGAAAAUGCCACUCCUCUAUGUGAAACUUUACACCUACCAAAUCUUCAGGGGGUUGGCCUACAUGCAUUCUGUUGCUGGGGUGUGCCAUAGGGACCUGAAGCCUCAGAAUGUUUUGGUUGAUCCGCAAACUCAUCAGGUGAAAAUAUGUGAUUUUGGAAGUGCCAAAGUAUUAGUGAGAGGGGAAGCAAACAUAUCAUACAUCUGCUCACGGUUUUAUCGGGCUCCUGAGCUCAUUUUCGGUGCAACAGAAUACUCUACAUCAAUUGAUAUAUGGUCGGCUGGCUGUGUCCUUGCUGAGCUUCUUCUAGGCCAGCCUUUGUUUCCUGGUGAAAAUGCUGUUGGUCAGCUUGUGGAAAUAAUCAAGGUUCUUGGUACUCCAACCCGGGAGGAAAUACGUUGCAUGAAUCCAAACUAUACAGAUUUUAGGUUUCCACAAAUAAAGGCGCAUCCUUGGCACAAGGUUUUUCACAAACGGAUGCCUCCAGAAGCAAUAGACCUUGCUUCCAGGUUGCUGCAGUACUCUCCAAAUCUCCGUUGCACAGCACUGGAAGCCUGUGCCCAUCCUUUCUUUGAUGAGCUGCGGGAACCUAAUGCUAGAUUACCGAAUGGUCGCCCGUUGCCUCCUCUGUUUAACUUCAAACAGGAGUUGUCUGGCGUGUCCCCAGAUCUCAUCAACAAGCUGAUACCAGACCACGUGAAGAAGCAAUUGGGUCUGCAUUUUUUGGCAUCCUACGAGGACAUGACGUGA